UGUCCAACGGAUAAUGAUGCCAGCUUCUCUGUAUCCUGUGAUGCACUCAAACUUGUAGAAAGGCGCGAGCGUGCUCCCUAUUUAGACUGUGCUCUUUCCGCAUUUUCCCUCGCAACACCUUUCCUCUAUCGACCCCAAUUGCAAAUGCAAACCUGAGUCAGCCGCUUGACCUUGAGAAGAAGUUCUGUAGCGCUCACAACCUAUCCACACCCAACCAUGGCGUUCUCAUCCGCUGCCACCAUCACAUGGAGUCGCAUCAAAGCCAUGUCGUUUGAUAUCUACGGCACCCUCAUUGACUGGGAGGGCGGUAUUGACAGCUCUGCCCGCGGCACUGCACUCGGUCCGUACCUACCCAGAGACCACCGACAACUUAUGCUGGACAUUGAGAAGCACGAUACUGCUGUCCAGAAGGAGCAUCCAACCAUGUUGCAACGAGACGUCAUUGCGGAAGGCCUCAAACGGUACGCCAAGGAGCUUCGUAUCGUCGAAGAUGGGAAGCUUUCUCAGGCUGAGGUGGACAAGGCCUGCAAACAGUAUGGCGGCAAGAUUGGAGAGUAUCCCGCCUUCCCUGACACCGUUGCCGCCAUCCAGAGGCUAGCCAAGCACUACAAGCUCAUUCCACUUACGAAUGUCGACAACGAGUCCUUCUCACGUACUCUGUCUGGGCCACUCAGCGGAUGCAAGUUUGACGCGUACUACACGGCCGAAGACAUUGGAUCGUACAAGCCCGAUUUGAAGAACUUCCACUACCUGCUCGACCAUUUGAAGAAGGACUUUGACGUCGAGCAAGCCGAUAUAUGCCAUGUAGCGCAAAGCCUAUUCCACGACCACGGUCCAGCAAGGGACAUGCACAUUCAGAGCGUGUGGGUCGACCGGCAAGGGUUCAUGGGCGGCGAGGUGGAGAACGCGCAGGACAGAUUUGCAUAUCAAUUGCGGGUCGAGAAUCUUGGUGAGCUUGCGCAAAUUGUUGAUAAAGCGUUCGAAGCAUCGUGAACAACGCUUGGAGAAGCCAAAUGUGCAUUCAAGGUUACAGUUACCGUUCUACUCAGAGCUUACAACAAUGGUAUAUCCAAGUUAACGCCCAGCUACCUUCUCACGACCAUCGCCAGCAGAAUGCCUUGGCGACGUCCCAAUCGCUAUGAGUCGCCAACCAUCACCCUUUGGACUACACUGAGAGCCAGCUUUUGCACUUCAACGCUCGUUCCCGAAGCAUCCACACUCAACACAUCCUUCCUCAGCUCGUCAUCUUGAGGUGCCUCAAGACUCUGGAAUUGACUAUGCACCAUGUAGUCCUUCAUGUAAUGAUUCUGCCGCGCCCUCACUCGGUCCAUCAGAAGAGCCUCGCUCGCCUGCAGAAAUACGAAGUGUAACCGCACAUCUGGGUGAUGGUAAGCUGCAACCCGCAAUACAUCUCGGUAUUUCCGCUUCAGCGCAGAGCAAGUGACGAUGACGCCUGCUGUGCCUUCCGU